CGCUCCCGGCGUCCGGGACCCUGCCCAGGGCGCGGGGUGCAGCGGGCAUGGCCCGCCCGGGGGCCGCCGCGCUGGCGCUGGCCCUGUCGCUCCUGGAGGUGACCCUUCUGGUGGCCGGAGCCCUGGACGCAGCCGUCGACGACCUCGACUGCUUGGUGCAGGAGACCUGGAGCCGCGAGCCCGACUACGCGCCCCUGGAACCCGAGCCCGAGACUUUGCAGCGGCCGCUGCCCGCGGGGCCGGGGGAAGUGGAGAGGCAGCCGCGCCCCCGGGAGCCCAGGCCGCCCAAGAAGACGUCUCCGCCCAAGAAAGCCCCCAGGAGGGAGAAGCUGGCCCCCGAGCCUCCUGCCGAGGGUAGAAUUAGCAGCAGAAAAGGUGUGAGAUCCAAGAGCUCCGAGAAGAUGACCGUUGAAGCUGCCAGUGUUCUCAUGGCCCAUGAGGCGGACAUCAAGGAAAGUUGCCCACCGCUGGGUCUAGAAACCUUAAAAAUCACAGACUUUCAGCUCCACGCAUCGACUGCAAAGCGCUAUGGGUUGGGCGCACAUCGCGGGAGACUCAACAUCCAGGCGGGGAUCCAUGAGAAUGAUCUAUAUGAUGGGGCAUGGUGCGCCGGCAGGAAGGAUUUGCACCAGUGGCUGGAAGUGGAUGCCAGACGAUUGACACGGUUCACGGGGGUCAUCACGCAAGGGCGAAACUCAUUGUGGCUGAGUGACUGGGUCACCUCCUACAAGGUCCUGGUGAGCAAUGACAGCCACACUUGGGUGCCUGUUAGGAACAGCUCUGGGGACAUGAUAUUUGAGGGGAACAGCGAGAAGGAGAUCCCUGUUCUCAACGAGCUGCCUGUGCCCAUGGUGGCCCGGUACCUCCGUGUCAACCCACAGUCGUGGUUCGAGCAUGGGAGCAUCUGUCUGAGGCUUGAGGUGCUGGGCUGCCCCUUGCCAGAUCCCAACAACUAUUAUCACCGGCGGAAUGAAAUGACAACCACAGACGACCUGGACUUCAAGCACCACAACUACAAGGAAAUGCGCCAGCUGAUGAAGUUGGUGAAUGAAAUGUGCCCCAAUAUCACCAGGAUCUACAACAUCGGCAAGAGCCAGCAAGGCCUGAAGCUGUAUGCUGUGGAGAUCUCCGACCACCCUGGGGAGCACGAAGUAGGUGAGCCCGAGUUCCAUUACAUCGCGGGGGCGCACGGCAAUGAGGUGCUGGGCCGGGAGCUGCUGCUACUGCUGCUUCAGUUCCUGUGCCAGGAGUACCUGGCGGGAAACGAGCGCAUCAUCCGCCUCGUGGAGGACACCCGCAUCCACCUGCUUCCCUCGCUCAACCCUGACGGCUAUGAGAAGGCCUACGAGGCGGGCUCAGAGCUGGGGGGCUGGUCUCUGGGGCGCUGGACACAUGAUGGUAUCGACAUCAACAACAACUUCCCAGACCUCAACACGCUGCUGUGGGAGGCGGAGGCGCGCCGGGGUCUCCCCAGGAAGAUGCCCAAUCACCACAUCGCCAUCCCUGAGUGGUUCCUGUCAGAGAAUGCCACGGUGGCUGUGGAGACCCGUGCGGUCAUCGCCUGGUUGGAGAAGAUACCCUUUGUGCUGGGUGGCAACCUGCAGGGGGGCGAGCUGGUGGUAGCAUACCCCUAUGACAUGGCGCAGUCGGCCCAGAAACCACAGGAGCAGAGCCCCACACCCGACGACCCCGUAUUUCGAUGGCUGUCCUAUGCAUAUGCCUCCACACACCGCCAGAUGAGUGACGCCCGGCGGCGGGUGUGCCACACCGAGGACUUCCAGAAGGAGGAUGGCACCAUCAAUGGGGCCUCCUGGCACACGGUAGCUGGAAGCCUCAAUGACUUCAGCUACCUCCACACAAACUGCUUCGAGCUGUCCAUCUACGUGGGCUGCGACAAGUUCCCACAUGCCAGCCAGCUGCCUGAUGAGUGGGAGAACAACCGGGAGUCUCUCAUCGUCUUCAUGGAGCAGGCCCAUCGAGGCAUCAAAGGCCUGGUUCGGGACUUAGCCGGAAAAGGCAUCGCAGGUGCUGUGAUCUCUGUGGAAGGGGUCAACCAUGAUGUCCGGACAGCCGUUGACGGGGAUUACUGGCGUCUCCUGAACCCCGGAGAAUACGUGGUCACAGCCAGGGCUGAAGGCUUCACUUCCUCCACCAAGAACUGCCCAGUGGGCUUUGACAUGGGUGCCACGCGCUGCGACUUCACGCUCGCCAAGACAAACCUGGCCCGGAUCCGCGAGAUCAUGGAACGUUUCGGAAAGCUGCCGCUCAGUCCGCCAGCCCCACCUCAGCCAAGGCUCCUCCAGCUGCGGGGAAGGAGGCGGCGCAGGCGCCAGCGUGUUAGCCACCCACACGCCUGAGAUGGGACCCUUGCCCCUGAGGGGCCUACUGGCCUGUGCAGGAGGCCGUCACCCCAAUCUCCUGAUUGCCGGAGGCUGGGAGAGUGUUUAGCUUAUGAGGCUGGUUCUCUCAUUUCUUUCCUUGGUUCCCUUCUAGUUGCACAGUGCAGAUGGACAAGAAAGGCAGACAGAGAAAAGGCUGAGCAGGGUGAGGAGUCAGCCUGUUUGUCUGUGCCCAGGCUGGUCUUCCUCCUGCUGCACAGAAAGGGUCUCCUGUUCCUUCUACCCCAUCCAGACCUGCUCCUGGUUCGUCUGAGUAUCCCCAACCCCCUGCUCUGGGGCUUCCCCAGCCACUGGGUUUUCUGAGAGGGCACCUCGCACCUUGCACUCAGUAACAGGGAGCAGGACUCAGGGUUGCGGGUCCUCAAGAGCCUGCAUGCAGGCUGGAUCCAGAGACACAACCCAGCUCCUUGCUGGUCAGUAGCCAGGGGAUUCCUUGGACGAGGGAGUGGGAGGUGCCAGUCCUUUGAGGGCCCUUGCUUUUUCAGGCUUAGUCCAUCCAUCCAUUGCCAUAAGCCCUUGGCAGGCAGCUGGCCAUGCUGGGGAUCCACCCAGCAUGUGUGGCAAGGCCAG